UAUAGUGUUAUUAUUCUGUAAAUGAAUGAUUUUCUUUCCUCUUUAGGUCUCAGCCUAAAUGAGUGACACCCCUUCUACGAGUUUUUCCAUGAUUCAACCGAUUUUGUCUGAAGGUCAAAUUCUAUCCUCUCGCCAUGUAAGUGUCACUCAUCCUGUUGUCGCCAAACGGAUCAGCUUUUACAAGAGCGGAGACCCCCAGUUUGGUGGGGUCAGGGUGGUGGUCAACCCUCGUUCCUUUAAGACCUUCGAUGCUCUGCUUGAUAACUUGUCCAGGAAGGUGCCCCUACCUUUCGGGGUGAGGAACAUCAGCACCCCUCGUGGAAGGCACUGCAUCACGAGCCUGGAGGAACUGGAGGAUGGUGAGUCGUACCUGUGUUCCCACGGUAAGAAGGUACAACCGGUCGACCUGGACAAGGCCAGCCGGCGCCCCAAGCCCUGGCUCAGCAGCCGCACUCUCAGCGCGCAUGUGCACCACCACCCUGUCAUCGCCGCUGCUAGCACGCUCCGCCCUCCACGGAGGCUCAUGGUCUUCCGGAAUGGGGACCCUGGGACUAGGCGCACGAUCGUUCUGAGCAAGAGGGUCACCCAGAGCUUCGAGGGCUUUCUUCAGCACCUGACGGGCGUCAUGCGCUUCUCGGUGGUCAAGCUGUACGCCACGGACGGAAGGAAGGUUCCCAGUCUUCAGGCAGUGAUCCUGAGCUCUGGAGCUGUGGUGGCAGCCGGAAGGGAGCCAUUUAAACCCGGGAAUUAUGACACCCAAAAGUACUUGCUUCCUGCUAAAUUACCAGGAAUUUCUCAUCGUGUAUACCGAAAGGGAAAUGCCAAGUCAGAAAGCAGAAAAAUGAGCACACAUAAGCCUUCAAUCUCAAGAUCUCAGAUUUACUCUGUUUCUUCGGACAAAACAUAUAGUAAUGAUUGUUACUCAGACUGUUCUUUUGCUCCUGAAAAUUACUUGGCCUUAGAAAAAAAUGAUUCUCAGAAUUUAUCAAUAUAUCCUUCUGAAGAUGAUGUUGAGAAAUCGAUUAUUUUUAAUCAAGAUGGUACUAUGACAGUUGAGAUGAAAGUGCGAUUCAAGAUAAAAGGGGAGGAGACCUUAAAAUGGACAACCACUGUCAGUAGGGCUGAUCUUCCUAAUAAUGACGAAAAGAGUGAGAUAAGCAGUUUUCCUGAAAGAAGAGAUGAUCGAUCAUCUGGUUUAAAGCUUGCAGCAUGCUCAUUGUCUGCAGAUGUCUCACCUCUAGAGAAAGACAGUAAUCAAGAGGGCAGUUUAGCAAAGGAGAUCAACACUCAAAUGACAGAUCAAGGGGCUGAAACUUGCGGUUCUGUUAGUUGGGAGAAUGUUGCUAUAGACACAGAUGUCACCCAAAAAACUCAAGAUGAAGUGAAGCAUCGGUUUUAUAGGCCCCCUACACCUGGACCAAAAAGAAUGAGACAAAAGAAAUCUGUGAUAGGGAGUGUGACCUUAGUAUCUGAAACUGAGGUUCAAGAGAAACAGUUUUCCUAUAGUGAAGAAAGGGAAAGUGGGGAAAACAAAUCUGAAUAUCACAUGUUCACACAUUCUUGCAGCAAAAUGUCAUCAGUAUCUAACAAACCAGUACUUGUUCAGAUCAAUAAUAAUGAGCAAAUGGAGUCAUCUGUAGAAAGAAAAAAAGAAAGGAGACUACUCAAGUCAAGUGCUGGUGUUAUAGAAAUUACAAGUCAGAAGAUGUUAGAGAUGUCCCAUAAAAACGGCUUGCCAUUGACCAUAUCAGAGAAUUCAGUUGUGGAGAAAGGUGCAAUUGAAAGUGUAAUCUCAGGGAACAAAACCGAAAUCAAGAACUUCAGAAUUUAUGAUAACACCAGUGAUAGGUUCAGUCCUAUUUCAGCAGAUGCAACUUACUCUUCAAGUAACAACUCUGGAACCGAUAAAAGCAGUUCCGAGGCUCCAGCUUCAGUAGGUUCCUCUGCCGUCACCACAAGAAUUGACAGGCUAGUUAAUGGAUUUGCUCAGGGUGGUUUAAAAAAACUUCCAGACAAUGGAAAGCAGAUUUUGUCAUCUUCUGCUAGAAAAAAGAAGAAGAAAUCUCAGAAACAAGUGAUAAAUAACAGCUAUCAGAAUGAAGAAAUUGCAACCAAAGGAAUCCUCAAUCAGAAUCAGAGAAUCAACAGAGGAGGUAGAGUUGCACAGCAAGCCUUAUUGCAAGGUUCACAGAAACCUCUUAAAGGAAGGAUGCUUUGUGAGGAAGACCUCUGUGUAAGUGAUAUGAGAAUUGAACCAAAUAAUUUUUCUUCCAAAAGUAAUCUCAAUCCCAUAAUAACCAAGAAUUUUCAUAGAAAUAGAUUAAGUAGUACUCAAAAUUCUAAGGUUCAAGGACUUUUAACCAAAAGAAAGUCCAGACCACUAAAGAAAGUAAGCUUAGGAGGACCUAAAAAAAAGGAAACUGGUUAUGGAGAUAAAAUACAUUCCUACAAUGAAUCUAAAUAUUACAAAAGUACUUUUGAAAACCAAAGUUUAUUUCAUAUACUUAACCUUGAGCAAAAACCCAAAGCUUUUAGUGGCCCACAGUCUCAAGCAGAAAUGGCAUCUGGGUAUUUGAGAGGAAUGACAAAGAAGAAUUUAGUUUCAAAAGUUAAUGAUUCACAUGUAACUUUAAAAAUCCAGAAAAAAACAAAAGGGGAUAGAUUAAAAUCAGGUGCCACUGUAAGUAAACAGCGUACUACAACCAGGGCAAAUUCCUUAGUUUCAUUGAAUAGAGGUGAUUUUCCUGAAGAUAGUGCCCAUUUUUCAGUUCAAAAUUAUAUACAGAGAUGGUUGCAGAAUGUAAAUACAUAUUCAACUGUAAAACUUAGAAAAUCAGCUCCAGUAUGCAAAAAUGAGAGGAGUGUGGUAAGUUGUUAUAAUAAUGGCUUUCCGGGAAAUAAUUCUCUUGCAAGUUCUGGAAAAGAAGAUUUUGUUGUGGAAAGUGAUAUGUGUGCAACUAAAAAUAAUGUUUCUUCACUAGAUAAUCUAUGUAAAGAGGUAGGUCAAUCUAUUGCUAAAGAUAAUGGAGAAGAACUUAACAAAGAUCUCUUUGAGAGUCAGAUUGGAUCUCUGAAAGAGUCUUGCUUAGUUUCCCUGCAUCAGUGUCAUGCUUUUUCACAGCCAACUACUAAUGAUUGGAGUUCUGAAAGUCAGGUAUCAGCUGAGAAGACAGGACCAGAAGUAAGCCUUGCUAACCAAGAAAUAAACCUAGCUACAAAAGAGCAAGGUGUAGAGGCUGCCAUUCAAGUAGAUCCUAUGGAUGUGUCAAAAGACUUCUUAUCAGGCCUUGUGCUUCCUCAACUCCAAGCUUCAGUUCCCAGCAUUCACAAGUCACAGAAUGGAGUUGUUCAAGUGUCGGCUUCACUUGCAGAUGUUCCCUUCCCUUCUGCAAUAUCUAAUUCGUCCACUAAUCUUCUUCUAGCUUGGCUGAUUGUGCUAAACCUAAAGGGAAGUGUGAGUGGCUUCUGUCAAGGUGAUGUUCAUAAGACUACCAACAGGUCUUCAGAAGCACUUGCACUGUUGGAGGUUUUAAAGCACAUUGCUAUCACAGAAGAAGCUGAUGACUUGAAGGCUGCUGUAGCUAACUUAGUGGAGUCAGCAACAAGUCACAUUGGGCUCAGCGAGAAAGAACAAGAUAUGACUCCAAUAGGUCUUUCUGAAAAUUGCUCCGUGGCCAACAUUCAGAGUGCUGAGUGCGAUGAAAAGGAAAAAUCACAGAAAAUCUCAUUUUUGGAUGGAGGCUACACUGCAGAUGAGGCUUGUGUCUCUGAAGUCUGUGUUUCCCAGGUGACACACUCUCCAAGUGAGGUGUGUACUGUGAAUAAGACUUACCCUCCAACAGAGACUGGUCAGCCCUGUGAAACUUUUCCUCUUAGUGAUAAUUGUGUUGUAGAUCAGAUCUCCAAAAACAAGGCUUGUUUCCAGGAAGAGCUCUGUUCAUCUGUUGGUGCUGUAUCUUCCUGCAAGGCUUGUGCUCAGAAGGAGAACCAUAUUUAUGAAAUGACUUGUCCAGUUAAUGAGUCCUACACUUCUAGCAGAGUGUGCAAUACCAUGGACUUGUUAAAUUCCAAAGAAAACACAUAUUCAAAUAACUUGGAAUUAGCUGAAGAAUUAGAAAGAGUUGAUAAAAUUCACAAAGCCUCAAAUAUUUUGGCAGAUCCUGAGUAUGAAAAUGACUUUGAUACAUUGGUGUCUCUUCAAAAUGUCAGUAAUUUAAGCCCCGGUGACCUUUUCCAAAAUAAAAUUGAGCCAGAAAUGGAAAAGAAACAUAGUUCUGCACAUGAAUUUAACAAUUUCUCAAUAGAUAAAUCUCAGAAUAAAAAUGCAUAUACAUCCUUUGAUAAGGAAGAUUCAAGAACUUCUGAUGAUCCAGGCUCGAUAACCAACAGCAUGGCAUCUAGUGAAAGAAACAACAUUUCAGAAUUGGAGUCUUUUGAAGAAUUAGAUAACCAGGACUCUGUUAUCUUUAAUGCAAAGGUAAAUACAGGAGAGCCAUCCACUGAAGAACCAACCCCCAAAGAAUUAGAGGCUAGUAAAAAUUUGGAAUUAAUAGACAUAUCUGGUAGGAAUGCUACAGAAGAAAAAAAGAAUGGUGUAAUUUGUGAGACAAUUAGCAGGAGAUCAGCGACACCACCAUCUUUAGUUUUUUGCUAUGAUUCUAAGCAAAAUACUGAAAAGGAAUUCAAAGAGGGAGAAACUAAGAUGAGAGUAAAAAUGAUGGUGAGAAACAUGGAAAGUGAAAGUUAUUCAGAAGCCUCUCCUGAUUUUAAAAAGUGCUUCAAAAGUUCAGUGACUUCUGAUUGGUCAGAUUAUAGACCAGACAGUGAGAGUGAGCAGCCAUAUAAAACACCUAGUGAUGGUCCAAAUGACAGUGAUGAGAUUGCCCAAGAAAAAGAAUACAAUAGAGGAUUUGUUAAAAGGGCAAUUGAAAAACUUUAUGGUAAAUCAGAGAUUAUUAAACCAUCUUUUUUCUCUGGGUCUACACACAGAUCUCAGGUUUGCCCUUACAAUUCUGUGGAAUUUCAGUGUGCUAGGAAAGCAGGUGUUUAUGAUUCUGAAGUUCAGUCAUUUGGCUCUUCUGAACAGGUAUGUAAUAAUUCACCUAUGCUGCAGGAAUUCCAGGAGGAAAAACAAGACACAUGGAAUGUUAAUGGUGUGAGGGACAGUUAUCACAUGGGCAACAUUGUAGAAAAUGGUAUAAAACAAAAUAAUCAUAACAGGAUCUCUAGAGAUACACAGGAGGGAAUAUUGAUUGACAAAGGCAAGUGGCUCCUAAGAGAAAAUCAUUUGCUAAGGGUGUCAUCUGAGAAUCCUGGUAUGUAUGGCAAUGCAGACACCACAUCUGUAGAUACCCUACUUGAUAAUAACAGCAAUGAAGUACCAUAUUCACAUUUUGGAAAUUUGAUGCCAGGCCCAACCAUGGCUGAACUUUCCUCCUCAGAAGUGGAGGAACUGACUCAACCCCUUGAACUGAAAUGCAAUUACUUCAAUAUGCCUCAUGGUAGUGACUCCGAGCCUUUUGGUGAAGAUUUGCUAGAAGUUAAGAAGAAAACUUGUGCCAAGGAGGGCAUAACAGUACACCAAGUAGAGAAAAAGGGUAAUCCUCAAUCAGAAAAAGUAUGCACAUCUGUCACUCAUGCCUUUACACCUGCUGGUAACAAAGUUCACCCUGUAUCUCAUGAUGCUAUUAAAAACCAACCAUUGCCUGGCAGUACUGUGACUCAUAGUACAAUUCAGGAAGGUGACUCUUUGGAUAAACUCUAUUCUCUUUGUGGUCAGCAUUGCCCAAUACUAACUGUUAUUAUCCAUCCUGUAAAUGAAGAACAGCGAGGAUUUGCAUAUCGCAAAGAUUCUGAUAUUGAAAAUUCUUGGAGUUUCCAAUUAUGGAUGAAAAUGCAGCCAUAUAUACCACAGUCAAACAAAAGCAUUUUUCUGGAUAAGAACAAUAGAGCCAGUAUUAGAAAAGAAUUUGUCGACAAGGCCAUUGUUGAUACAGUCAAUCAGCUUUAUUUCAAUAACAUGUUUGGCUUGAUAGAUAGAAGAAGAAAAUCAAAAAUAAUUAAAUACUUGGACUUAGAGGAAGAAAGUAAUUUAAAGGUACUUCAAUCAUAUUUAAAGAUAAGUUUUUUCUUGAAUGUCUUAUACACAUCAUUAUUAGUUGUUGGUCAUAUGAUUUCAAAUACUCAAGAUACUAGCAGCUGGGUAAAUGAAAACUUUAAAGCGUUUGAUGAGAAUAACAACUUAUUAAAUUACAAAUUCCAGAGCUCAGGAACAAAUCUCAGCCAAGUAGUAAGAGAAAAUGUGAAUUGUUACUUCUCUGAUUUGCUUAAUCAAGCCUGCCAGUUAGAUAUUUAUGAAAUUGAGGCAUCCUUAAAUACUAGCAACAGAAAUGUGUUAGAAAUACUUUAUAUUUUUGAGAGUGGAAAUCUCUUCAUUUGGGGAGAGGAAAAUCAAUUAGAUCCAACUGAUGUUAAAAGCAAUGAUGAACAGAAUAAUCCGUGAUUUCAAUAUUAGCAGUCUGUGUUGAUAUAUUUUUUAAACCCUGUGCUAAGAUAAAGCUCAUGUGAUAGAUGUGGAUUACCUAAUCUCUGUGAAUUUCCUCCUACUUACAAAUGAGUUUGCCCUAGAAAGCUUACAUUUGU